AUGCAGUGUGACGAGGGCAAACCAAUUUGCACUCGAUGUAAACACCGACCAGAAAAGUGCAAAUAUGAGUUCAAGCUUUCCUGGACGGGCGGGAGACCGUUCAAGAACCGUCGCCAGAGUGAAUCGCAGAGCGAUUCUCAAAGUCCACCCGAGGCAGUCAAUGCUUCUGCUAGUAUUGCCUCUUCGCAGGUAAUACCGCCCGAUCGGCGGCCCUCUACACUCUCUAGUUCGAGCGCAAGUUCGGGAGAAUGGAUGUUCGAGGGCCCAAUGCCAAUGGGGGCGAGUGUCCUUGAUUUAGGCACGACUCACUCAGUAGAAUGGGCCAAGCAGGAGCAUUCACGAUUUAUACCAAGCGAGAUUAAUACUGAUGGGGAUCUGAUUUAUACUACGGAACCUGGAUUAGCAGAACGAAAACCAUCGACCGAUGCAAGUCAAGUUACCACGCUAUCGCAAUCUCUGGCUCGGCGAUAUCCUUUCAACAAGCGAGAUCAACAGAAAAAAAAUCGAUACGGACACCCUGAUUUCCCAGAUAUCUCUCCUUUUACGCAACGAAUACAUUAUGCACUCUCCAACAAUCCCGCGCAGCUCAGCUCUUCACCCGAAAGUCGCUUCUUCCUCCACCACUACAUCAACACAACCGCCGACGUGAUCUUCCCUCUCUCACUAACGGGAAACCCUUUACGAGAAGACCUCCUCCAGUCCGCCAUGUCAAAUCCACAUCUCCUAAACGCAUUCCUCGCAUGUGCCUGUUCCCACUACGCUCGACGACACGAAAACAUGCCCGUCCAAAUGGAAAGUAGCAUUGCCAAAUUUACCAAUGCAGCUCUAAAUGGCCUGAGACGAGCAAUGCUAGAUCCCAAACAAGCCGGAAAACUGGAAACCAUCAGCACGGCUCUCGCGUUAUGCACCUCAGACGUGAUCUCUGGCGAUCUAAGCACAUGGCGAAUACAUCUCUCGGGCGCCAACAAGUUGAUUCUAUCCGCCUUCCAGUCCUCAUCCGAAGAAGACACCAAAACCCCCUUGGAGACAUUCGUGAUUAAGUGGUAUGCCCUACUAGACAUUUUCGCUGGUGUCUCCGGUCUCCGCAAGAGCUCGAACCCUGGCGGACGAUACUGGUCGUCCAACGACGAUGAUACCUACAUCGACGAAUGGACAGGCUACUCGCUAGAUCUGAUCCCGAUUAUUUCGCGCAUUGGGCGAAUGGCGCGAAUCCAGCAAAAAAGAACGCGGGUUAUGGCCGUGAACGACGAUUCCGAAGAUGAGGAGGUCGAUACACAAGUGCGAGAAGAAAGCUUAGAUGAAAUCCGAGACAUGGAGAAUCUGAUCUAUUCGCUGUAUAAUCGGACGGCUCAUCCGUCCUUGGUGAAUCACCCUGAUCCAGCGACGAGGAAACGAGCCGUGGAAAUGCAGUGUAUCCAUCGGGCAUUUCUGUACACGGCUCUUCUUCAUCUGUACCGUCGUGUACAGGACUUGCCCAAGCACCAUACCAAGGCUGUCUAUGCAGUCCAUAUGGUCAUCGAAACGAUCCAGAUGAUUCCCCGAGAAUCAUCAUCGAAUAUUCUGACAUUGUGGCCGGUUUUCACGGUCGGAUGCGAGACCGAUGAUCCAGUCCAGAGAAAGAUCAUCGAGCAGAGGAUAGCUAAAAUGGAAUCAUUCGGAAUGGGGAACGUAGAAACCGCUCGCCAAGCCAUGCAUGCAUACUGGGAGUCCGGUGCGACCGAGCGAUGGGAUAUAUUCCUGGAGAAUUACCCGCAAGACAUUGUUCUCUUUUGA